AUGCCAAAAGCCAAACUAGCCCUUAUUGUUACAGCGUUAUGCAUUGUGUCAUUUCUGGCAGCAUUCGAUAAUAUCGUCAUUAGCAGCAAUCUCCCUUUGGCAGCUGCCGAGUAUAAUGGAUUUGGUUUAUAUUCGUGGGCGCAAACGGCGUUUUUGUUGACGGCAGCCACUGCACAGCCAUUGUAUGGGAAAUACGUUCAUGUGUUUGGCCGACGCCUUUGUUUUGUAUUCGCCCUGUUGUGUUACGUUCUUGGGGCAGCUUUGUGCGGAGCGUCACAAUCCAUGCUCAUGUUGGUGAUAGCGCGUGCACUCUGUGGUAUUGGCAUUGGGGCAUUUGAUAGUCUCAUGAAGAUUGUCAUUGCAGAUCAUGUACCUGUGCGUUACAUCGGCAAAUACCAAGCCGCCUUGGGAAUUUCUUGGGGUCUCGGAUACAUUGUUGGCGCACUUGUUGGUGGGGCUGCAGUAGAAAGGACAAAUUGGCGAACAGUCUUUUGGAUGGCGGUAGGUUGA